AUGACGCCUGAGCUGGCCUCUGUCUCGGACAGAUGCACGGAGCAGUGGCCUCUAGUCCAGGAUGCUCUCCAGAUGCAGUUCCUUGGAGCUGCUGAGCGACGCGUGCUUACGGUGCUGUGUUCUCUCUUCCUCCCAGGCGGCCGGGAUUGCUUACCACCUGCGGCGUCCUUGCAGCGGCGGCGGCUGGCGCGGAGGCUGGGCUACAUGAGAAGCACAGCGGGGCCCCGGAUUGGGUUCCUCUACCCAGCAGCAGCCACUGUGCUCCGGGCCCACGGAGGGGCGUGUGGUGAGGAGUCCCACCAGUCUGAGUCCAGGGCCGGACGGGGUGGCCUUGAUCCUGGAGGCCAGUGGCGCGGCCCCUCGGUGGGGAGCCCUGUUCCUAGGAGCACAGCAGCCUCGGCUCGGACCCCUGUGGGAUACGGGGGCCUGGCAAGGACGCCUGCGAGAAGACCCUCAGGGCUCUUCGGGAUUCAGUUCCAAGUUGGCACCACACUGCCUGCCAGGCCGGCCAGGUCGUGUGGCCCUGGGGACGCAGGGUGGCAGGGCGAGCUCCCGUCCAUGGACAGUUCUGAGGCCCCCGGCGCUGGCUGGGAUGCUGGUGGCGGUGAAAGAGCAAAAGACACCUGGACAAAAGGCCGUCUGUUCCCAGAGGAGGUGAAUGGUGACAGCUGCGGCCUCGGGAGUGACCCCAGGGUCCCCUCAGCCCCGGGUAGCUCUCAGGACACCUUUACCUCAAGCUUUAGCUUCAUACGGCUCUCGCUUGGCUCUGCGGGGGAGCGUGGAGAAGCGGAAGGCUGCCCGCCCUCCAGAGAGGCCGAGGCCCCUUGUCAGAGCCCCAAGGACACGGAAGCCAAGGCUGCCGGCCUGGACAGGCCCCACGAACACCCUCGACUUCUCUCUCCCCACUUCUAUCUCAAGACUCCUCAGCGCCUGGCAGACUCUGCCCAGACCGCAGGGGGCAGCCACAGGCUGGAGAGGGAGACGCCAACUUUGUUGGAUGUGGACACCGCCUCCUGCUUCUCCCCGGGCCCCUCCGGGUCUGAGGGCAGCAGCUUGGGGGACGCUCCGCGCUGGGAGACGCUGGUCCGGAGGUGCGAGCCCGUGCUGCUGGACUGCCUGCUGAGCGACCAGAGGCGGCUGGAGGUAAAAUCCCUAAGAAUAAAGCUUCAGAAACUUCAAGAAAAGGCAGUUGAGGAUGAUGAUUAUGAUAAGGCCGAGGCGUUAAGACACCGGCUGGAGGAGCUGGACACAGAGAGGAGCAGCCUGCACUUCCAGCUCCCGUCGAGGCAGCCGGCGCUCUGCAGCCUGCUGGGCCACCUGCACGCCCAGGUCCAAGCCGCCGAGCACCGCAGGGCCGCUCCGCCGGCCUGCGGUGAGGACGCCCACGCCCUACCCAGGGAGGAGCCGAAGCUGUUGGAACCCAGCGCUCAGGACAGCCUGCGUGUGUCCGUCACCAGACGAGACUGGCUUCUUCAGGAGAAGCAGCAGUUGCAGAAAGAGAUCGAAGCUCUCCAAGCAAGAAUGUCCGUGCUGGAAGCAAAAGACCAGCAGCUGAGAAGGGACAUAGAAGAGCAGGAGCUUCUCCUCCGAUGGGAGGACUGUGACCUGCCCGCUCUGGUGUGCGGGCUGUCCCCGGGCGAGCUGCGGGAAGUCAGCGAGGCCUUGCGGGACACGCUGGCCUUCGCCAGCCAGAUUCCCCUCCGUGCAGAACCGCCUGAAACUCUCACGAGCCUCCAGGAACAGAUAAAAUGCCUCAACUUGUCCCUUAAGGAAAUCACGGCUAAGGUGUGCAUGAGCGAGAGACUCGGCAGCACUCUCAGGAAAAAAGUGGAUGACAUUGAAGACCAACUCCCGGUGUUGCUUGAAGCCAAAAUGCUGGCCAUCUCAGGAAACCAUUUCUCUACAGCCAAGGAGCUCACCGAGGAGAUUAGAUCAUUAACAUCAGAAAGGGAAGCACUGGAGGGACUCCUGGACAAGCUUCGGGCACUGAGUUCCAGGAAUGUCCAAAAGCUGGGUGGUGUGAAGGAAGAUUACAGCAGACUGAGAAGACAGCUGGACGAGGGGGAGACCGCUUACGAAAUGAGUGUGAAGGAGAGUGCUCUGAAGUACAUGGAGAUGCUCGAGGAUAAGCUGCGUAGCUGCAAGUGUCCACUCCUUGGAAAAGUGUGGGGAGCUGACUUGGAAGCUUGUCGGUUGCUUAUCCAGAGCCUACAGCUCCAGGAGGCCACAAGCACACUGUCUGCGGAAGAUGAGAAGCAGACAGAUGACUUAGUGGGAACCAUCUGUCCAUCCACUCUUGCCAUAUCCCCCAGGCUCCACUCUGAAGUUGAGAGGAAGACCCCUUUGCAGGCCUUCGAAGACUGGAAGGCUCACCCGAGUCCAUCUCUGUACUUUGCUGGCAGCGAACAGAAAGAGGAAUCUUGGCUCCUUUCUUCGGAACUUGGAGAAAAAUGUGAAGCCAUAGACAAGAAGUUACUGUACUUGGAAGAUCAGCUUCACACAGCCAUCCACAGCCAUGAUGAAGAUCUCAUUCAGUCUCUCAGGAGGGAGCUCCAGAUGGUGAAGGAAACUCUGCAGGCCAUGAGCCUGCAGCUCCAGCCGGCAAAGGAGGCGGGAGAGAGAGAGGCUACGGCAUCCUGUGUGACAGCUGGCGUCCGGGAGGUGCAGGCCUGAGGCGCGUGAUCUAAGGGAGCUAAUUAACCCCAGGAUCUGGAAUUAACAGCUUUUCACCUUCUCCUGUGAGUCACUAUAAUCUCAGAAGAAUGCAUAGGAAAAAUUCCAAAAGACAUUGCUUUAAAGUAACAACCUGUCAGUGAGGUGCCGUCUUCUGAUUUUCCUAUUACGGCAACUCCUGUUUCUACCAAAAGGUUCCCUGGUGUUUCGCCAGGACAUCCCGAAAUUUGCCCACAAUGACAGCGGGAUGGGAGCAGGGGUAUAAAGGGAUCAGAUGAUAAGUUCAAACUUCUGGGCCUCUACUUUUUUCCUGCCUAACAUGUUUCGCUCAGUGCCGGGCAGGACGUGGAUGUGAAAACUUUCUUUCAGUCCACUGCAGUAUUCAGUGAGAGAGUGCAUACUCGGGAAGACAGUAGAGUACUGAGGAGGACAGUGCAGUACUCAGGACAGCAGUACAUACUCAGGAUGGCAGUGCGUACUCAGGAAAGCAGUAUAGUACUCAGGAGGACAGUGCAGUACUCAGGAAGGCAGCAUAUACUCAGAAAGGCAAUGUGUACUCAGGAAGGCAGUGGGUACCCAGGACGGCAGUGUGUACUCAGGAAGGCAGUAUAGUACUCAGGAGAACAGUGCAUACUCAGGACGGCAGCACAUACUCAGAAAGGCAACACGUACUCAGGAGGGCAGCAUAGUACUCAGGAGGUAGUAUAGUGUAGUACCCAGGAUGGCAAUGUGUACUCAGGAAGGCAGUGCGUACUCAGGAGGACAGCGCAUACUCAGGAUGGCAGCACAUACUCAGGAAGGCAACGCAUACUCAGGAAGGCAGUAUAGUACUGAGGAGGACAGUGCAGUACCCAGGACGGCAGUGUAUACUCAGGACGGCAGCACAUACUCAGGAUGGCAGUGUGUACCCAGGAAGGCAGCGGGUACACAGGAAGGCAGUAUAGUACUCAGGAGGACGGUGCAGUAUCCAGGAUGGCAGUGCGUACCCAGGACGGCAGUGGGUACUCAGUAGUGUGGGGCAUUGCAGGCCCUCCCUACCAAGGCAGCUGGAGAACAGCCCAUGUUUUAUUAGGCAGCGCUUCCCAGGUUGGGCGGAGGAAGGGAGCCUCCAAGAGGUGCUCACCAGGGACCAGGUCUCCCUCAGUCAAACCCGUUAGGGAAACCUGGCAUGCCAUAAUUCCCAGCCAGGUUGUCACAGUGCCCGUUAGCAUAUUAGACUGGGAUGGAGCUCAGUAAAGAAACCCACUUGAUUUUUUAAAA